UUUGACAGUACACGCCACAACAUACACAUACACUGGAAAUACGAAAUCUACGAACAAUUAGCCAGGAAAACAGAAACGCGAGAUAAAACGUGUCCUGCCGGAACCUGUGCCGUAGUAUCCGCAAUAUUCGUGAUCGCGUGCUGUAGCGCUAGGAAAUAGGGAAACACUCCACAUCCACACAGAACCAUGGUGUUCGUAAAGUCUUGGGAAGAUUUCGAGAUUGCGGCCGAGAAUAUGUACAUGGCCAAUCCGUGCCAGUGUCGGUUUACGAUGAAGUACACGCACAACCGGGGAGCUGUGUUGCUAAAGCUGACCGAUAAUGCCAAAUGCGUACAGUACAAAACAGAGGUCCUGUCGGAGCUGAGACGAAUCGAAAAGUUCUCCGGCAAUCUGAUACAGAUGAUGGCAUCCAAGGAAUAGGCACGUCGAGAACCGGGUGGACGGAACAAAACAACGGCACGACGACGCGGACAAGUGAGUGAAGUACGAUGAUGCGAAGCGAGGGAUUUACAAUAAAAAAUGAACUGUAUUGUUAAGUGAAA